UCGUCGAGAAGUCAGGUUCUUUGCUGAUGGUUGCGUAUCGGUUUGUAGCUUCAUUAGAACGUGCGGUGAAAUUGAAAACAAAGAAAAAAAAUAGUUGCAUUGUUGCUUUUUCCUUUUUUUUGUGUUUGUGCCGUUGUGUGCCAGAGGGUGGCGGUUAUUAGUGGUGGAAAUAAAUAAACUCGUCGCAGCGAGGGAGGGGUGGUGGAAACCUGGUUGAUCCAUCACUAACCAGCAGUGAAGGUGAUUUCUCGCAAGGAAGAAAAUAAGAGCCGCGUGGAGCUCCACUAAAAGCUGCGUCUUUUGUACGGAAUGGGGUGCGGAUGAAAUGAAGAAAUGAAUGAGCUUCUGCGAUAGAGCAAGCAGAAACCGAUCUUCGACUUGGAGUAGUUGAGUGUUGUUAUUGUGGUGCACACAUAUGGGCGGUCGGGCGCUAUGGAAAUGGGCCUGAAUUGGUGUGCGUAGCUAAACAUACCGAUUGCGCGACACACACGGGUUUAUGUUGUAUUUUGAUAGCAAUUAAUCAAAGUGCAAAGCUGAAGUGCGAAGGCAGCAGCGGCAGUGACAGAUGCGGUAAAAGUGCACGCAUAUGAUUUAAGCUGUCGGUCGUUUUUUUUGUCUCUUUUCCUUGUGAUCGGGGAGGCGAUCGACGAAUGCAUUUACGCUUCCCGAAUAGAUCUCAAGUUUUUAUCGAGGAGAAGUGGGUGUAUUUCAAUUGCAUAUGGCAGGCUCUAGUGUUCGUGUCCGCAUGGAAUCUUGUAUGUGUGUUUUUCGUCCGGUCUCUUUAAAAUUGAUUAGGUAGAAAGAGUCUUGCUAAGUAUAGUGCAUGAUUUCCGAUGUAUGGUGAAAUGAAAAACAACAAAAAAGACGGAAUAAAUUACCAGCGGCAGCUGAAUUAAACGGAAAGAAGAAGUGGUCGAAUCGAGAAGAUAGGAGCCGAUAAGAGGACAAAGAGUUGGAAUACUCUACUCUUUCGUCCGUCUUGUGUAUCCCCCAUUGCGCUGUGACAACAGAUUUCGGAUUAUUUGCUACUACCUCCCGUCGUAGCCGAUUCAGAAGGAUUAAAAUAACAUAACACGCUACAAUUAUGGAUAUUAGGAUCGUCGGUGGAGCAUGUGGCUAUCAUGGACCGUACACAUUCUACAAGGGCGUUAAAAUCUCAUUCUGCAGCACGGAAUCGAAUUCGACGGCCGUGACAGGCGUGUCCUGUUCAUCGACAUCCUCGUUAUCGUCGUCGUUGCCGGCAGCAGCAGCAGCACCGUCGUCAUCCGCGACGGGAACCGUUCAAUCGGUGGUGGGAUCGGUCGGCCAAAAACAGAACUCCGCCAGCGCGAGCAGUGGCAUUAUUUCCACCAACAAAGCGCAAGCCAGCACCGCCAACACGAAGCCAAAACAGACGCCACGAAAAUGUGUCAGUGAAAAUAACAGCACCGGCGUGAAUAAUUUAUGUAAUGCUACGGCAGCAGAAAAAGAGAACCUCCGGCCGAUGGUGCUGGCCUUAGGAGACUGCUUCCCGGUGCGGCCCUGGUCCGACUCACCAAUUGCGUGCCUCGCUGAACUGCGAAUGGUUUGGAAAGACCGCAACGAGCAGUGUCUGUUGAUCGCACUGCGAUUAUACUUCCUGCCUGAGAACACCCCGUUGGGACGAAAUUGUCAUGGCGAGGACGAAGUGCUGGCUAUCUCGGACAAGGUGAUCUUGCGGGCGGACGAUUUGCUCAACUGGAUAACUAGUGAUGUGGAGUGGAACUGGGGGCUACGAACCACAUUCAACGAACACAGCGCGAAAGACUCGAUGACGGUGACUCGUUUCCUCAGCAAAAACUUGUCGCUGGACUUUGCCGAUGUGGACAAAGAGAAGCAUUCUGUCGAAAACAUUGCUUCCAAAGUGGCGGUGUUGAGUUUUUCGCGGUAUUGCCGCUACCGGUCAGUACUCAAACGUUUGGAGGGCGUCAGUGACAAAUGGCUGCGGAACACCCUGAUUGAGACACUCAGCGGUUUUGUAGCGACAACGCCAAACAUGCGAAUCAUGUUCUGCAAGGAUACUUUUGACUAUCCCGAGCUCGAAACGCACGAGCUGCUGUGCAAUCAUUUGGCGCCCAAACUCAAGGGCAGGCCCCGUGGCAAGCGGAAGAAGACGGUUUCCGACUCUUCGUCGCAGCUGGUCAAGAAAGAGGGAAUCUCAGAGGAAAGUGAAUCGAAUGAUUCCGAUGUGUCCGAUUAUUCGUAUAGCAAGGUGUCUCCGUCGAAGAAAGUUGCUCUUCAUUCAACGCCCCGGUAUAACCCUAGACCAACGCGGGCAUCACAAGGUAAGGUGACGGAUCCCAUUGCUGUUCCAGCCGCACCCGUACCAAGUCCACCGAUUAAAUCACAACCGCGAAGCAAAUCAAAACCGCCAAAAUCGAAAAAUCGCAAAUCAAAGGCAGGCCGCAAACCGAAGUCCUGCAAGAUUAUCACAAAGACCGACCAGAGCGAGGCAGAAGAGGAGCUUGAGGAGAUCGAUAGCUCCAUGAAAGACGAGGUUCAAGCUGCGGAAGCUACACAUUUGGGAGACGCUGAAGUGGACGAAGAGGAGGAAGAGAAGGAAAAUAAUUUGUUCCGAAUUCAUGACGGGAUGAUACCGGAUGAAAAAGACUUUCUGCAACGACUGCAACAGUAUCUGGAUGCCAAAGCUUUGGCUUACGCUGAUAAUCAAGCAACGACCUUAAGAAAUGUCAAACUCUACCUGAUCUACACCCGCGUGCUUAAGAUAGGCGGUUACAAUGAGAUUACCAGUAAAGAAAUAUGGAACCAGAUCCUGGAGGGGACAGGUGGAGAGAACGGUGUUAUGACCAGACGUAAAUAUGAGAAGAUUUUGCUACCUUACGAGAAAUAUCAGCGAGAAAUCGCCGAGGCUGUGAAAAAAGAAAUCGACGAGCAGAAUGAAGCUUCUCACGAAAGUCAAAUCUCACCGACACCUUACGACCAUGAUAGCAAGGAAGGCUUCGUGGAGCUGAAAGUGGAGAAACAAGAAAUCGUCGCAGAGAAUGAUAUUAGCAUAAAAUCUGAAUCCAAAGAAAACAAAGAGAAUCAGGAAAUAGUUCUACAGGCAAUAGAAGAGGUUCCAGUGAAGAAGGAUCCAGAGGAAAAGUGCGCACCAGAAUUGGUAAAGGAUGAACCGAGCGAAGUACAAAGUAAACUUAGAGCGAAGGCAAUGUCGCCUUUGUUGGAAAACACUAACAGCAACAGCAGCACAGUUACGGGGAGUCCCAAUGGAGUUCAUCUGGGAAUGUCCCCCGUUUCGGUUCCGUUGACCGUUAUCGUGCGUCCGAACAUCGAUGAAAAAGAUCAACAAUCGUCACAGAUCCAAAUAAACCAACCUCACACAACAAUCACGGUUCAUCAGACGACAAUCCAUCCCCAGGGCGGUCAACAGCCAAAUAGUCAACAGAUAAGUGGACAAAGUCCGCAGCAUAUAACGAAUCAAAUUCAAAUCACAAAUCAGAUCCAGAUCCAACAAAUAACUGUGCAAUCCAGCGACAACAGCGCUAACGGGGGUUCGAAAGAUAGUCCACAAUUUAAGUAUAGCUUCAAGCAGGACAAAUCUGGUCAGGAAAUCAACAUCGAAUCACCAACUGCGGAUAAUGCGAAGGGAGCUAAUUAUGAGAAUAACAUUAGCGCAACGCUGUUCCCGUUGAACCGCCCCAUGAACACAGACCCCGAUCUAACAAUCAAAGAGGUGUCGGUGUGUCCCACAAGUGGCACCGUUUCUAUCAGCACCUCUACAACUAAUCCUCCGGUAGGAUCCAAUACGCAGUCGAAGACUUCAUCACUGCGACACGUGCGAAUGAAGGCUGACCGUAAACCACCAGGAAAUGCACCGAACUCUCCUGUUGCUGCUGCUGCAACAGUCGGGAAGUCGUUCGAAAAGGAAAAUAUUUCUCUGGUCAGUGGAGGUAGCAGUCUUUUCAGCGGACAAAAUCUCACCACAAUUACCCCCAUUGCAACGAAUUUGCUUAGCAGCGUUGCAGGAGCAACAGCUAUCGCUGGAUUAGCGUCUGGGUUUAGUGGGAAUCCCGCUGGGAUGAGUACUUCCAGUGAAACCGGCACAUCCAAACCGGAUCUGCCAUCACCUACGGAAGUCAUUGAUUUGUUGGACAGCGAUAACGAUAGUGACUCUCCAACUCCCACGAAGAGCUUCAACAACACUGUCAAACAGGCGGAACAUUCGAUUCGUCCCAUUCCAUCACUUCUGCCACCGAUGAAGAAGCGCAAGUUGGAUAUCCUCCGCGAAGGAGGACUCGAGGUCACACCGAUUUCCAACGGAGCAAGUAUUUUCUCUGCCAUUACACAAAACAGCCCAAAAGCGGUCUCCAACCCAAUGCGUAUCAAUAUAAUUGCGGAAGUGAGCAGUAGAGCGAUUGAUGAUUCCCGUCCACGUGAAAGAAAGUGCAUUCCCACGCCCAUCGAUUGUCAGACCGUUGGCUGUACGCGAAGACGGGGCAAAUUUUCGGCAAUCCAAAGGAUGUACCUACGAUUCCCACCAUUCCAACGAGACCAAAUCCUGUCCCAGGAGCAACAGAUUUACUCGACCUCACGAGUUGCCGAACGUCAUCGGGUGUGGAAAACCUCUCCAAUAAGCCUCCAGCCGGACUGGACUUCACAGCAUCAACAUCGCGUCAACGAGCAUCGUCCAAUCAAACCCCCAAACGAGCACCACGAACGGCACCAAGUUUACAAAUAACGUUGGUGCAAGCCCCCAACCAAGCUCCAACGCAGAUGUCUCAACCAAGCCUGCCUGUCACCCAGCAGCAGCAACAAAGCCACUCGAGCGCGAAGAAUAAACCAUUCGAAAUUGUGCCAGCACCAACCGGUGCACGUACCUC